UUCCUUUUUUUUUUUUUUUUCUUUCUCACAAUAGUACUGUUUCAUUUCCAAUUUUUUUUCUUCUUCCAUCCCAAGGAAAGGUGAGAGAAACCCAUGGACGUAGACCUGAUAAAGUCUACAACAGAAGAUCAGGUGGAGAUGAUGAUGAUGAUGCAACAAAUGGACAAGCUCCCUGAUGAAUUCUGCGGACCCUACCAAGAAACUGCUCAAUUACCAUCGUUAAUGGAGUUCUCAUGCGCUACUGGUACAAGUAUUGGGUCUUCACCCCCAGUCUUUGAUAACCCACCAGUGCUUUCACAACCAUUAAUGAACCCACCUUCCACCAUUACAUUCAUGGGCACUCCAACUCAAGAAGUCUUCUCCAAUCCUAUGACAGGGCGGCUGCGAAACACUGCUACCGCCGCCGCUGGAGAAUUAGAAUUAUCGGGCGGUGCAAGUCUAUCAUCACAGAAGAAGAAUUCAAUGGCUGCAAUGAGGGAGAUGAUCUUUCGGAUGGCGGCGAUGCAACCAAUUCACAUUGACCCUGAAUCAGUGAAGCCACCCAAGAGAAGGAACGUGAAGAUAUCAAAGGAUCCACAAAGUGUAGCGGCAAGGCAUAGGAGGGAAAGGAUUAGUGAGAGGAUAAGGAUUCUUCAGAGAUUAGUCCCUGGAGGUACUAAGAUGGAUACAGCUUCCAUGUUAGAUGAAGCAAUUCACUAUGUGAAGUUCUUGAAGACACAGGUGCAAUCACUUGAAAAAGCUGUGGGGAAAAGGCCUUUGGGGAUUGGUUUCCCUACUGGACCUGGACCAGUUUCUAAUCCAAAUAAUUAUUCUUCUUUGGCUAAAGCAUAUCAGCCUCCAGCUUCAAUGUUCAGCUAUACCCAGAUGCUUAGCUGAAGAUUAGAUACAUUUGUAAAGAAAAGAUUAGAAGACUCUUUUGAUUUUAUAGACAUCAAAAAAUUAUCUCAUCAAGUCAUCAUCACUUCUUGAUGCUUUGUGAUCUUUUGUUCUUGUUUUAAAUAAUUGAUUCUUCUCUUUUUCC